CUUUAGAAGAAAUCAGAGACGAGGAGAAGAAGAGAGAGAGAACCCUAGCUAAAUUUCCGAUGCAGAAUCUGAGAUCCGUCUUUGCGCAGCUGUACCGCGGAGGGAGAUCCACGGGGUCUCGCAAUUUCUCUUCACCGCCUGUGUCGGGAGCCGGAGGAAGAGAUUUGGCCAUCGUUGUGUGGACGAGUUUGGUUCGGAAUUGUACUACUAUGGGUCUUGUCUCAUCUACGUUGUUCGGAUAUGGCUGUUUCAUCGCCUCGGGAGUGGUGGAGGCAAGAAAAAAGUCGAACGCAGUUAAGGAACAAUUGAGACUCCGGAGGAUACGUCAUGACGAACUGAUAGCCAAGGCGAAGCGUGAUCUGCGGCUGGAUUAAUGAAUUCAGGAGAAAAAGUUUGUGUUUAGUUAUUGCUUGUGUUUUGAUGUUGCAUUGCUUUUGUCAUCUGUUUCUCUAUAAGAGAGGGAUCCCUCGAAAUAUUUAUGGAACGUUUGUGUUUAGUUCUUGUAUGUUUUUGUUGUGCACUACAAAAAUAAAAUAAUAAUCCAUGGCUGUUAUGUUGCA